AUACCACCUCUCUCUUGUUGUGUAUUUGUAUCUUCCUAAGGAUGACACAACGGCUUCUUUAUAGAUGGUAUGGCUAUCUGACUUCCGCCAAUGAAAUUUUAGCCGUUUAGGCUUCUCAAAAAACACACAUGAUACCCAUGCAAAAGGUUUCAGACCUUUAGCCCUUUAGCACAGAUACAGCUAAGCAACCUGAGUCAGAGUAAAAGCCCAUGUCCAGAAACUUUACCUGACAUAUCUGAGCAAAAGCUGCAUUACUCAAGGCUGUUUUGAGCAAAUACCUUGUGAGAGAAUUAAAGUGGGGUUGCAAUAUUCAUCUGCCACUAAACCGCUAAAUGGUUUCCUUUGAAAGUGGCUUUAAAACUAGAAGCGCAUUGAAAAGGUUACAUCUUAGUUUGCUGGUUGGCUGAGCAAUAUCUUAUGAAUGUAAACUCCAGUUGGCAUACUUAAUUAAGUGAUUAAGUUUAAGUCAACAGAUCUCAAAACAAUAAUACUUAAUAUUUUACUUGGAAGGUGCCUAAAAAGCAAUAUCUUUAUUCAUUUGACUAACGCAUGAACUCUUCUAAUGGAUUAAAACUGUAUUAUAGAUUAUAUUUUAUUAUUGUUCAUGUUGGCAAAGUCUCUCUCUCCCCCUCCAUCUCUAUCUCUAUCUCUAUGAUGAAAAUUGGCAUCCCAGAGCCCAAAAAUUGUGCUUAAAAGUUUCGAAAACUUUCGAAGUAAUAGAUGUAUUAUGUUGAAGACAUAUUAAUUGCAGUAGUAACUGUACAUGUCCUUUCCUCAUCCUCAAAUUGGCCUUUAGCAGUGUUGUAUACAUGUCGUCAACACCCUCUUCUUCUUCUACUCCUCCUCGUCGAUGGAAGUAUGAUGUUUUUCUUAGUUUCAGAGGAGAAGACACCCGCUUGAAUUUUGUGGACCAUCUGUAUGCUGCAUUAGGUCAGAAAGGAAUUGUCACCUUUAGAGAUGACAAAAGUCUUGAGAGAGGAAAAUCCAUUUCGUCAGAACUUCUUAAAGCAAUUGAGGAGUCAAAAUUUGCUCUUGUCAUUCUUUCACCAAACUAUGCUUCUUCUUCAUGGUGCUUAGACGAGCUUUUGAAGAUUAUUCAAUGCAGAGAAGAAAUGGGGCAACAAGUCAUGCCAGUGUUCUACCAAGUAGAUCCAUCUCAUGUGCGUAAGAACAAGGGAUAUUUUUUGCAGGCCUUUACAGAACACGAAGAAGUUCAUUGGGAGAACAGGGAUAAAGUAAGGAAGUGGAGGGCUGCUUUGACAGGCGUGGCCAAUCUUUCUGGGUGGGAUUUGAGGAACAUGCAUGAGGCAAAAGCUAUCAAGAGUAUUGUUAAAGAUAUACUAAAUAAAUCACAGUAUUCAUCUACAAGCGUUUACAAGGGCAUGGUAGGAAUGGAUGUCCGUGUUGAUGAUUUACUGAGAAAUCAUAUUCGUCCACAUUUUGAUGACGUGAGCAUGAUAGGGAUCCAUGGAAUGCGGGGAAUAGGAUGCCAGAAGCUCGGGGGACCGGAUAAAAGUGUGCGGGAGUUGGAUUUUUUGCCGGCAAAUGUUGCAAGUAUAACUCCUGUAACAGAAUUACCAUCAUCGGUCUUCAGCAUUUCAGAUCAUGUUAAAGAUUCAAGUUCUCAUGGAUAUGAAGUCAUUCAAGAAUCAUUGUUCGAGUUUUUGCCUUCUGGAUUGAUGCAAAUGGCGUAUGAAGAGCCAACGAGUUUCCGGUUGUCUUUAUCUGGUCUGGGUAAUUUAACAGAUCUGAACAUAAGUGACUGCAAUCUUGAUGACAGAGCAUUUGUCAACAACUUUGGCUGGUUGCCCUGUUUAGUGGCAUUAAAUCUGAGUGGAAAUGAUUUUAUUAAGCUUCCUCCAACCAUCAGAUGGCUUAAUAAGCUUGAGAACGUUAACUUGGAGAACUGCAAAAGACUUGAAGACUUGUCAAAUCUUCCAUCAAAUAGUAAGUUGGAUGUAAGAGCUGAUGGUUGCUCUUCAUUGAGAAUUUUGUUUGACAUAUCCAAUUACAACAGACUGGAGGAAUCAUAUUUCAGUUUCAUCAACUGCUUUAAGCUAAAUGAAGACCGAGGCCGCAGUAAUAUAGCAUUUGAAAUGCUGAAGAUAGUCCUUCAUCAGGCUAUCUCCACCACAAAGGAAACAUUUCAAAUUGUAUUUCCUGGAAGUGAAAUUCCUCGGUGGUUCAAACAUCAAAGCCGUAAGGAUUCAUUGGGUGUAUGCAUACUACCUCCACGUCCAUAUUCCAGUAGGUUUAUGGGAUUUGCCUUGUGUGCUGUUUUUGUACUCAAUGAUGAGCGCCAUCAGGUUGAUGAACUUGAGAUCCAUCACUUCAAGACUUUUAAAGCUACGCAUAAUCUAGUCUGUUACCUGAAACUCAAUGGAAAAGAAUUAGAAGUAUGUGGCAGGCAGCCGGCCUUUCGGUUUAGUGAAGAAUUUUGCCAGGUUGAGUCUGAUCACCGUUGGGUAUUCUAUGUAUCCUCGGAUAAAUACUUUGGUAUUGAAGAGCAUGACAGAUGCUCUCAGAUUGAACUGUUAUUUGAAGCCAGAGGGCCAGGUUUGAAGGUGAAGGUGUGCGGGCUCCGUUUGAUAUUUGAACAAGAUGUGCACGAGUUGAUGAAGGGAUGUAGACACACACAAGCUUACGGACGGCACGGAUACGUACGGAGAUAUGAAUGUGAUUGUUGGGUGGAUGGCUAUUUAUAUUCUAUAUAGCUUAGAAUUGUACUCUCCACUGAAUCACUGAUAGUAUAAUUAUGGUGCUUGAAAUGAUAGGGAAAUGAAUUGUAUUCAGAAAAUUCAGAAUGAUUUCCUGUCCAUCUUUUUGUUUAUUACUUGAUUUUUGAGAUUUGAAUAAAAGUUGCUGUGUGUCCGGAACAGGACUUUUUGUUCACCGACCUCUACCCAGAAACGACCAUGUCAUGAUGCUGUGAGUUGGUAACAAGACGCUGUCGUUUGCUUUUCUUUACAUUUCAUAUGAUAGAAGUGUUUCAGUCUCAACUGUGCUAGUUGCAAGGCAAUGCUGAGAACAUGUUGUAUUUGGUUUGAAAGACCAGAAUAGCUAUAGCCUUCCGUUCAGAUAUCUCAGACUACAGAAA